GGUCCUCCUGAAAUAAAUUCUCAGCGAGAGAAGUCUGUCAAAUUACAUUCAACACUUCAAAUUCAGUGCUUCGUGAAGGGUUUUCCUAAACCAGAGGUGAACUGGACAAAAGAUGGAAAGUUACUUGAUACCAGGAACAUGCUCACGACUAAUCAGGUGACUUAUCGCGAUGCUGGUCAAUACAAAUGCAGUGCUAAAAACAGUGAAGGGAAAAAUGAAGCAGCUUUUCAUAUUACAGUCACAGGUAAAUGUUGACUUACUUUUUUUUAUUUCAGUUUCUAUUCUCAUUUUCUAAUUUUUUUUUUAUACUUUCACCUUUUUUGAAUUGUACUUUUGAAUUCUAUGUCCAGGUCCUCCUGAAAUUAAUACUGAGCUCAAGAAUCAGUCAGUUGCCUAUAACUCGUCUCUUAAGUUCAUUUGCUCUCUGAGCGGUUUCCCUACACCUGAGAUACUGUGGACUAAGGAUGGGGUUAAUCGCGGUAACAACAACACUCUCACAAUUAAUCGAGUGAGUUAUGAAGAUGCUGGUCAAUAUAAAUGCAGCGCUGAAAACAGUGAAGGGAAAAGUGAAUCAGCUUUUCAUAUUACAGUCACAGGUAAACGUUGACUUAAUUUUGUUUCCUUCAGUUGCUCUUCUUAUUUUCUGACGUUUUUUUCUUUUUUUUUUUUUUACUUUCACCUUUUUUGAAUUGCACUUAUGAAUUCUAUGCCCAGGUCCUCCUGAAUAUAAUACUGAGCUCAAGAACCAGUCGGUAAUAUAUAACUCGUCGCUUCAGUUCAUUUGUUGUCUAAGCGGUUUCCCUACACCUGAGAUACUCUGGACUAAGGAUGGGGUGAAUCUCGGUAACAAAAUCAUGUUUGCAAGCUUUGAUUUUUACGGCAGGGGAGAGCUGAGGAGAGAAGGACAGUUGCACUAAGAUUGUGAACGACGGUUAAAAAGAAGUAGAGGGGAAGGGGAUGGGGAUCAAGUUUUAUAUAAAUCAUUAUCUUCCUUUUCAAAAUUAAAAAGGUUCUCCUGAAAUAAUAAUGAAGCAGAUUUUCAUAUUACAGUCACGGGUAAAUGUUGACUUACUUUUUUUAUUUCAGUUUCUAUUCUCAUUUUCUAAUUUUUUUUUUAUACUUUCACCUUUUUUGAAUUGUACUUUUGAAUUCUAUGUCCAGGUCCUCCUGAAAUUAAUACUGAGCUCAAGAAUCAGUCAGUUGCCUAUAACUCGUCUCUUAAGUUCAUUUGCUCUCUGAGCGGUUUCCCUACACCUGAGAUACUAUGGACUAAGGAUGGGGUUAAUCGCGGUAACAACAACACUCUCACAAUUAAUCGAGUGAGUUAUGAAGAUGCUGGUCAAUAUAAAUGCAGCGCUGAAAACAGUGAAGGGAAAAGUGAAACAGCUUUUCAUAUUACAGUCACAGGUAAACGUUGACUUAAUUUUGUUUCCUUCAGUUGCUCUUCUUAUUUUCUGACGUUUUUUUUUCUUUUUUUUUUUGUACUUUCACCUUUUUUGAAUUGUACUUAUGAAUUCUAUGCCCAGGUCCUCCUGAAAUUAAUACUGAGCUCAAGAAUCAGUCGGUAAUAUAUAACUCGUCACUUCAGUUCAUUUGUUGUCUGAGCGGUUUCCCUACACCUGAGAUACUCUGGACUAAGGAUGGGGUGAAUCUCGGUAACAAAAUCAUGUUUGCAAGCUUUGAUUUUUACGGCAGGGGAGAGCUGAGGAGAGAAGGACAGUUGCACUAAGAUUGUGAACGACGGUUAAAAAGAAGUAGAGGGGGAGGGGAUGGGGAUCAAGUUUUAUAUAAAUCAUUAUCUUCCUUUUCAAAAUUAAAAAGGUUCUCCUUUCACCUUUUUUGAAUUGUACUUUUGAAUUCUAUGUCCAGGUCCUCCUGAAAUUAAUGCUGAGCUCAAGAAUCAGUUGGUUGCCUAUAACUCGUCUCUUAAGUUCAUUUGCUCUCUGAGCGGUUUCCCUACACCUGAGAUACUGUGGACUAAGGAUGGGGUUAAUCGCGGUAACAACAACACUCUCACGAUUCGCCAGGCGAGAUUGAAAGACUCUGGUUCAUACACCUGCAGCGCCAAUAACAGCGAAGGAAGCAAAAACUCCACUUUCUGGAUCCAAGUGGCGGGAGGUACGGUUCUUAUUUACACUUAGAAAGAACUGGAGUCGAUAAUCAAUUUAGAUCUUCGGUUGGAUGAGGAUAAAAUCGUUUCCAUGAUACCAAAUCAAAUUUUAGGACUUGAAACCACAAAAAUUUCAAAAUUGACUAAAAAUAAUUAAAAAGUACUCAAUUGAUGAUAACAUUUAAAGGGCGAGAACAUGCCAACUUACACACCAAAUGUAAAUGAAUUUCGUGAUCAGACACAUGUUAUUAAUUUUUGGGCAGUUUAAACUGAUUGCCUUUUGGAACGUCGAGCAAUUUUGACUUUAUAGAUAUCACCAUAUUUUGUCACGGCAUUUAUUAUAAAAGUCCGUUUAAAUUUUUUAAUUACCUUUUUUUCUGCUUCUUAAAUACCAAUGACUGACAAGUCACGAUUCAUAUACCAUUUUAGAAGUGCAAAAAUGUCAAAGUGGCUAUCAGUGCAUUAUUAUUUGAGUAUUUAUUACUGAAGUUGGAAAGCGAAACAUCCAUGUAAACUUUUCAUUGAGUUAAAAUUUGAAAAUUCGGCGACCAAAACUGCAAAGAAAUACAUGAAAAUAAUCCCGCUGUUACGUCGUUAUGAACUUGUACUCCUGCUACAAUGGACGAUCUGAGCGUAAUCUUAACGUAAUCUUAACGUAAUCUUUUCAUGGAAUGCAAACCUUUUCACCAUUACUAUUUGGCUAUUCUUCAAAGGAAAUGUGUAGUUUGAACUUAGAGAAACUGGUACUCUUGAACAUGGUAGCACGGGGUGUUGAUAUUACACCUAACAACCAGUAAGAAAAUGACGAAGAAAUUAAUAAAUAGGUAACUAAAUUGUUACCUCCUGGGUUGUUGCUAAGAUAGGAAAUCUUUUAAGGAAAUUAAAAAAUGUUUUGAUGUCACAUUGGGCUGACUUAUACCUUCCUAUAUCAAAAGUGAAGAAAACUAAUUUCAAAAUAACCUUGGAUUAAAAAUAGACUUGGCAUGACUUGACUUCUUUUAUUUUGAAACUAGUUAAUUUAGGGCUGGAUAAGGGAAGGGGGAGAGGGGCUUAAAAUGGAAAAUGCGACCCUUUGUUUAGCUUGGUGAUCUUUUUACUUCAAGUCUCUCCCCAGAUCAUUGAGCCUCCGAAAAGCCAAUUUCUUGCCGAAGGAUACCCUGUAAACCUUAAUUGCGUAGCCUCGGGUAUUCCAACACCAACCUUCGUCUGGACUUUUAAUAAUGGUGACCUGCCAUCUGGUAUCAAUCAAACCGAUCACGAAGAAGAAUCAUUCCUAGUUUCGCCAAGUGUUACGAAAGGGAUGAGUGGGACUUACAGGUGUACAGCAAAGAACAUAGCAAACAAAACCAGUUCCUCAGCAACUCUGCGUGUUUAUGGUAAGUUCAGUUAUAAUGAUAUUGAUGACGAUGAUGAUGAUGAUGAUGAUGAUUAUGAUGAUGAUGACGACGACGACGACGACAAUGAUGACGUUGAUAAUGACGGUGAUGAUGUUGAAGAUGAAGAAGAGAAAUAGGGAGAGAAGAAAUUAAGACAGAAAAAUGAACUAGUAAAUCCAUGGGCAAUAGUGACGGAUUCACUAUUCACUGACGGCCCAGUUGUAUAACGGGCAGAUAACGCUAACUAACGGUUAAAUAUUUAUUCGGUGAAUGAGUGAGAGUAAAACAUAAAGCGUUAUCCACCAGAUAGAGUUUUAUCUUGUGGAUAGUGUUAUCUACCCUUCGAUCGACUGGGGCCUGACCUUAAAAAAAAACGGGGGAUACCAAUGCUUAAUACUAAUGUCCUUGGAUCUUUAUGAUUCCAAACGCAAAGAACUGCGUAGAUCUGAGUAGGAAAGAAACGCCAAGGAAAAAGGACAGGUGAUGACGCUAUAGAGAGUUGAUUGAUUCGAAAUACUUGACGAUGUGCAAUGUACUUUCAAGCUAGAAAAAUCUGAAGAAGAGAAUUCCGAGACGGAGAGAUCCAGAAUCUCGGAAGAAAGCAAAAAGGAAGCGAGACGCAAAAGUCAAAGUUACACACGACACACAAUUGUAAUCUCUACAUUGAACAACAAGACUAAAAUAGAGGAAACUACUUAAAGCGAAAACGCUUGUAUCCGUGACCGAAAUCGGAGGUCGAAUAGCGAUUAAGCAUUCGAAAGAAUUCCCUCGCACCCUCAAUUCUAUUAGAUCUCUCCAAAAAGUUGAUUUAUGGCUUUGUAACUCGUAAUGUGGCUCAGCCAAUGAGGAUGGAAGAUAUUACAGAGUUAAGAUUUAGGGAUUUACAAGCUGAAAACGCAUGAAAUAAAAUUUUUUCUCAAGCUGGUCCGAGAAGCCGAGAGUCAAUCAAAUGGCGCAUAUCGCUUUUUUUACGCGGGAGGAACUGCGUAUCGUGCUUUUUCACCCGUGAAGCGUAUGUUAUUCUUAUUUAUCACAUAAACUGCGGUGUUAGAUUGGGAUUUCCGGCUCAGAGAAAAACCGAAACAACACACGUGAUAAAAUAUCGUAUUUUUUCACGUGUGUUGAUAUAGCCAAUCGGCUGCUGAUACGUCACUUGCCUUUGGCGCCACUCGGUCAGGUUGAUGAAUGAAUGGCAAAGCGUUCACGAUUCUCGAUACAACUUGUUUGUCGGAGCUUUCUCGAAUUACGGCAGCUAAAACACUAAAAAAUCCGUAUCGCUAACAGACAGUGAAGUUCAAACUUUCCUAAAAGGCAAAGAAAACCAAUAUACUAAAAGAAAAACCGAAAGUUUCCUAUUCAGUGGCUUUAGUGUUAGCAUUUCUCUCGGCUGAGAAUGAAAAUCGACAACUGGAAGAUUUUCUACUAGUCGAUUUUGGCCGUUUACCUGAAAGACUUCUUCUGUCGGUAAGGACAAAGUCAAUAAAUGAGAAUUUUGUUAAUUGAAAAUUACGAGCAUUGUUGUUUUUGUAAUCGUGAUUCAACGCAUUUUUCCAUCUUGGGAAUUAGCGCCAACGCACUCUACGAUUGUUAUUCGGGGAUUGUCGAUUAAUUUAUAUUCAUUUAUAAAUGAAGCCGGCUUUUCUUCUCAGUAAAGGGCUAUUGUGUUUAUAUGAUAAAAAAAAAAUAAUACAUGGGUGCUUAUAGAUGUGGAAUUUCUCUUCCCGUGUUCAGCUCGACAUCUCACUCAUUCGCUGCGCUCACUCGUUAGCUAUCGAGUUAAACACUCUAAGAGAAAUUCCAUAUCUACGCGCGCCUAUGUAUUAUUCUCUAUUAAUCCUUCACCGGCAUAGUUUCCGUUCGUAACAUUAUAAAAAUCGGCUUUCAGGACUGUUUAUUAAAUCAAAUUACUUACAAAAGAUGACUGAGGAACCUCUGUGGAGAAUUAUGCGGAAUAGAAAGCAUACAGAGCAAAAACACAAAAGAGAUAACAGCGAGUCGGUUUGUACAAGAAAUCUCAUUGGUUCGCUGCGCACACCUGUUCGAUUUCCGAUACUACCAACUCGCGCGUAAAAUACCAUACGGACAGACUUUCCAUGAAGUAUUCUCUGUCGAUUGAAUUGUCAUAACAGCUCUUGGUUCUAGUUCCGUCUAUGAUAUCCACAAUUUUUCAAUGGAAAUUUAACAGUGUCAGCUUCAAAAAAUGUUUUAAGUCCACUCGAGAAAAUGUAUUAAGUCCUCUCUCCUCAGGAAGUGAUAGAAAACCACCUAAUGAAGUUGUUGUAGUACUUUAGAAUUUAAACGGACGAUCAUCUACUUGAAAUCAGACCCGCUACCGCAGUGCUGGAAAAGAAAAAACUUCGUGUUGCAUGACUCACUUGUUGUGUCCAUUUGACACAAGGGUAUAGAAGAAAGAACAAGAGAAGAUGGAACAUUACCGAGACCUUAAUUUAGAAGUUCAGCGGAGGAUCUGGGGCGGUUGAAACAGUAAUCAGGAAAUUUAAAACAUAAAGGUUUCAAGCUUGUUCUGAAAAUCUUACGAAAACCUGACGAAACUCACAAGGAAAUACUUUUCUUUUUUUUUUUUUUUUCAUCUAAAGCAACAUAUUCGAAGCAUUAUGCAGAAGGUCACAUUUGAUUCGUUUCGUUUCAAUGUUUGUGUUUGUGUUUGUUUUUUGGUGUGUUUAUAAUGCAGUUGUAGUUUUAAUGAGAAACCAGCAUACUAAUGAAUUGCCCCUUUUUCAACGCAGGAAAAGCCUCUGCUCAAGUUUUUCCAGAGAAAUACAUAACACUCACAAAAGGAGAUACCCUCAAAUUGAUCUGCAUAGUCAACGAAGAAACAAUCAGCAUUAUGUGGAAAAAAGAUGGAGACCUAAUAACAGAAAAAGCAGUUAUAGAGAUACGAUUAGAUGAGGAAAAUAGUAAAAUUGAUAUUACUGAGGUUGUGGAAGAGGACAGUGGUGAAUAUUCUUGUGAAGCACGUAACAAGCUAAAAACUGUGGCUCGCUCUGUUGUGACAGUAAAUGUCAAAGGUAAGCUGUUUAAGGAACCACAUACAACUUCAGUAAUCAACUAUGUAAGGUCAUUAUUAUAAAAUACACGUCCACCUCUUAUGUUCCUCACAAGCUUUUCCAGUAGUUUUUUGGUCUUCUGGGAACUAGAAAUUUCAAAUGAAUUAAAUUUGAAAGAAAUUUAAAAAACUGUUUCAAAACGAGUUUCAAACAGUAGCAGCAUGUUAUACAUAUUCUAUAAUUCUUUCACCAAUCUUUCUCUGUCUAUCUGCCUGUUUUUUGUGACUUAACACAUCUGCGUCUGUUUUUCCAUGAGUUAUUCCCCGUCACCCAACGCAAGUAAUGAACAACGUAAAUUGUUGGAACAAAAAAAAGUUAGCUCUCUAUCUGGAUAGUUGGUGAUAUCAAUUUUUUGCCGACCAGCAAAUUACUUUCCUAUUAAGCUUCUUCUAUUACUGUGUUUCAGGAAAUUCAGAAGCUCCUUCCAGCAGCUUAUCUUCCUCCAGAAGCUCACUGGAGUGGUACUACAUUGCGGGACCUUUGGCUGCUGUCGUUUUUCUACUGGCGUUCAUUUCAUACAUUAAAAAACGCCGUGCUACAGGUAAAAUGUUACCAUAAGAAAAUAAAAUGUCUUCAUAUGGCAGAUUGUCGCUUUUAAUACGUCAGUGUCUUGGAGCACGAAGGAGCUAUUUUAAGAAGGUCAUAUUCUGCAUUUCCAGCACUGAUUUUGAAGGUCCCUCUACAGUCCCGGCAAAGCCCAUUACUAACCAAAUUACAAAAAUGUUGCAAAUUAUAUGAAACUAAUUACCAUGAUAACCCACCUAAUUCCUUCUCUCGUUGUUUGACUACAGAGUCAAAUAUAAGUCACACGUGGUUUCUGAGUCGCAAGCUUCAACUUAGUUAAUGAUGUCAUUCUUACUCACAACUAAACGAUUUCUUUUAUCUCUUUCCACAUAUCUUUUGAUGAUAGCCCCACCUGAGGUGCCACCUAGGCUGAAGUAAGUAAAUUCUCUUUUUUUAAUGCUCAUUGUUUGAACGUGUAGUUGUAUUCGAAGUUUCUAACUCUUGAAUAAGUCUCAGGUGAGUAGCGAUAAGCGCCACUGUUGAGAAAAUAAGUCUCUUUUUCAGUUUGGACCGAUUAUAUUCACAAUCAAGAGUACAUGGGCCAAAAUAAAAGAUUUUCCUUUCGAAGCAGCAGCAGAUUUCGAAGCAGUUCUUAUCAAAUGGCAGUCAACUAUUUCCCGACGUUCUUUCUGUUUUGAAUUCCUCCGUCCUUCACUUGUUUUGACACCUUGUUUAGUGUUUUUUUUUGUUACCAGUAUGCUGGGUUGUGGGUGGCAUACUUGUAAAGAAGAAGAGAAGCUUGACCCUUCGUCACUGUUUGUUACAGAAACUACAGUUGAAACACACUCGGAGUCUUGUAGACCGAUUUAAAAUACCACUCGAUAUAUCGAUUGUAGACAAUACUUCGGAUGGUUUUGGUUAGUAUUUCAUUUCUCGCGUAGGAGGCACGAUAUUUAUAUGACGUAAAAUGCCGAAAAACACAGUCGGCGCUAGAUUAUCUUCAAGCGAGGUUUAUUCAAUCUUUUUCUUUUUUUUUCCAAUAAAAUCUCCUCCCUGGGUCGAUGCGUCGAAAAAACGGGUUCAGUAAAUUAGCAUCCAAACUUCACCUAUUUCAAUAAUUUUUCAUUGGCAAGUGAUAAUUUUCUGAAGCACCCGGAAAUGAAAUGAAAAGAAAAAAUUUAAAUUGAAGAUAUAGAGGAUAUCUUUACGACGUUAUGUUAAACCAGAUUCAAAGAAGGAAAAGAUAGAUAGGUAACACAGAUAGUUAAAGUCUUGUUUUCAUCUGCAAUUAUUCAGUGAAGGGGAAGAUGAAGUUGAGAUGGAUCAGCUGAACGCAAACACAGACGGAUGGGAGAUUGCAGUUGACCGCCUGAUCCUUCGCGAGCAUAUUGGCAAAGGGGCAUUCGGUUCAGUGUGGCGAGCGCUACUGGGUCGUUCCCGUGGCAGACCUGGAAAUCGCACAGUUGCUGCGAAAUGCUACCUACGUAAGUACUUUUUCAGGUCUUUCUUUCAUACAAAGCUUGAUUGAACUAUCCUUUAUUAAUUUUUUGAGUAAUUUAUCUCAAUAAAGAGCAUUUCUCUUAGAACAUGCUUUAUUAACCUACCUAAUACAUAACAUGUAUGGCUUACAAACUAUGAGCUGUUCAAAUGAUUUAUCAGCUGGCAUGUCAAAUUAAUUGUUAGCGGAUGGUUCCCGGGGGGACCAGUUGUUAAAUCUUUUGUCAUACAACGCUACUAAAAUAGAACAGAACACGAAUAUCAUUUGGAGUAUAAGAAGCUGUGGAGAAAAAUGAAAAUUUAUCGAUUAAAUUGCAUUCAAGUGUAUAAAAGCGGAAAAUACUACAAUACUAAAAAUGUCACUCUGUCGUAUAUUUUGCAAAGUUGCCCGCUCAGAAACUUUUAGUGGGAAAUAAUGUCAUGAGACCUCAAAGAAACCUUGAGAGGGUGAGUCUAGCGGAAAAAACUCGGAGCCAUUUGCCAGUCUAGUGGUGGUAGUAUGAUCUUCUUGCGCUGGACAAGCUGAAAAUCCCAAUGCAGUAGAACCUGUAUGAAGCGGUCACCUCGUAAUAAGCGGUCAGUUUUGAAAGUCCCGAAACUUUCCUCCUUUACUUAUAGUACUUUUUAUAUCAAGCGUUUGUGGUCACCUUUUACUAAGUCCCAACAGCCUAUUUGUAAUGUUCCCUACCUUUAUCGAACGGUCACUAAAGCGGAAGUAAUCAAAUAAAAUUAAGAAUAAUCUUUCAAGUAAAAUUUAAUCCAUGUUUAUCUCCCGAAAUCAAUGUUAGGAAUAUUUUUUAGCGAGGUUGUGUAUGUUAAGUGGUCCGUGAUGGCAUGGAGUGGCAUUUUUUAAACUUUUAUCAAUAGUAGCCCUAUUCCGUAGAACCUAUAUUAAACGGUCAACCAUCCCCGCGCGUGAUCUAAAUACAGGUUCGACUGUAACAAACUUAGAGAGUCAAAUGAAUUUAUAAUAACUCUGGGAAUGCUUACGAAUUAUUGUAGCUUUUAGUAAGAUAAAAGCAAGGAUUAUCUAAUUUAUGACCUGUAGGAAACAAGAAGGCGCAAACAGAGCAUGUAUUUUAAAAAAACUGUCUCAAAUAUAUACUCGACCGACUAUUAGGUAUUAUAACAGAUGGAAUUUCUAGGCUUAAUUGCGUCCCUACUUUUGUAAGUUAUCUGUAAACAAUUGCACGGUUCAAUGGGCUUGCCUAGUUAACAACAAUGCUCGAGAUGCGCAGCGUUUUCUUAGCAAAUAUUUUUUUCAAAGAGGAUGAAUCUACUUUGGAAAUUUCAUGUUCAAUAAAUUGAACAAUACGGCUAACUGACAUUUUUGUGGCAAGUAUGGAUUAUAUGGAGUUUAGUAAGCUAACUUUUUUUUAUGUGGACCAAAUGCCUUAUAAUUUGCGCUGGUAAGAUAACACCAAGCAUACAACAAUUCCAGAUGUGGAUGUUUACCACAUAAUUAAUUGUGUCUCUCUUGACAUGCAAAGUUUGUUUGUUUAUCUAAUUUUUGUGUGGUUUCCUAGCAAUCUCCGGAGAGAAAGGAAGGAAGGCCCUGCUGAGAGAGAUCGAGUUAUUAAAACUCUUUGGAAGGGAGGGCCAUGAAAAUGUUGUUAAGUUCAUUGGUUGUGUCACAGUUGGAGGUAAUCAGCUAUUGUUAUGAUUAUAAUCAGCUAAUUCACAGCAACGAUUGAGACAUCUCUGAGUUCAACCACUGGUACAAUUACUUCUAUCAGUAUUCUUAGUCCUUGCUAAGAUGGUGUACCAAUGCAAUGGUUGUUUUCAAUUUUUUGACUGUUUUAAAUGAAUUUACUUCGCAUUGUAUGAGGGGCAUUUUACUUGGAAGAUGUUAGCUCUAAAAUCUACAUGCUAAUUGUGAUAAAAACUUCAACUUAUGAUGGCAAGUCUUUGUCUAUUUAUCUGCCAUCUCUGUUUUUUCUGUCUGUCUGUCUGUAGAUUUAUAUCGGCAGUAUUUGUCCGUCUAUUUUCUAUCUGUGUGUUUUCUUCUUUCACUUUCCCUCCCUGUCUCUACUUUGAUUCAUUACAGAUAUAACUUGAGGUAUGACUAGAUAAAGCAUGUACAAUUCAAACACGUUUUGGAACUUCUGCACUGCUUGCCGUAAAUAAUUUUCUUGUUUUUCCCUUUUAGCUCAGCCAAUACUUAUCAUGGAGUACCUGUGGCGAGGUGACUUGCUGGGUUAUCUCAGAAAAUCCAGGGGGGUUUUCGACCAAUAUCAUCAUGGAGUCGGAAUUGUCGACCACUUGACAACAUAUGACAUGGUGCUGUUUGCUAAACAGAUCGCACAUGGUAUGACUUUCCUAGCGUCCAGAGGGGUAAGUGAUCAAACUCUUUCUGGUCAUCAUGUGGUCCUGCAUAUGAUAAAAUGGCAUGACUUGCAAAUCGUCAAAGUAAUACUCCAUACGGCUAAAAAUAUCCAGCACAUUAGAGUCACUAUUUCACAGAGAAAUGGUCUGACAUUAGCAUGAUGUUAAACUUUCUACCUAUAUUUUACUUUUUUAUUUUAUGUAGUUUAUAAAAGUCCCUUUUAGCAGAUCAUAUAAUGUUUGAUUUCGAUUUCAGAUAAUUCAUCGCGAUCUUGCAGCUCGUAACAUCCUUCUUGAUGAGCAUCGUGUCUGCAAGUUGACUGACUUUGGGCUCUCUUAUCAGGAUUUCAAAUACGGCCCAGGAAAUGCCAAGAAGGUAAGUUUCAGAGUUUUUUCAUCAUUUAGUCAAUUUUGGUUUUGGGGCUGCUGGUGUGGAAGAUAAAAAUGAGAAGAAUUAAAAUAUUACUGUCCUUACAACCCUUUCUUUUCAGUUAUACAGUCUUACUGCAAAACAUAUUUCCCUUUAAUGGGAAGCCAUUCUAAGCGUAUCGAAGCUUUCACAGAAAAAAAAGAAUUGUACCUAGGGAGUGAACACAGGAAAUAAGAAAGCCGGAAGAGAUAUCGUUCUCUGAAAAACAAAGAUACAAACUCGAAGGGCAAAGUAACAGAAAAAUUUAAAGCAAAAGGAGUGUGUGAAUUGCUUUCAUAGAAUUUGUACAAAGAUGUCUACUGCUAUUGACUUUAUCUUGAAUCCUCACAUCACGGUUUUAAUCUUAUAUGCAAUUAAUUUUAGGAGCUGUUUACAAGCCUCUUUAGAUUUCAGAUGUUUAUAAUAUUUUGGUUACUCAUCCAGGGAUGUAUCCCAAUCAAAUGGACUGCACCCGAGAUUCUCUUUGGACAUGUGGAACAGCUGUCAACCAAAAGCGAUGUGUACGUACCGUAUUGGUUAUUAUCUACAUAUAUUCCUAGAGUGAAUAUUUUUUUACGAUUCUACUUUAACGUAGCGAGGGAAACUAGAAUAUUCAGUGCUCUAUUGAUUACAGAGUCAUUAGGAAACGUCAAGCUGAGGAACAGCUGAGGUUACAGUUGUAGUAUGAGACUUUAUAUGAAUAUUAAGUUUAACGACCACUAUCCAAAAUCUGAUUAGGACAAGAAAAGACGGAUGAAAGGAUGAGUGGAUAAUCAAACUAAUAAAUAUGGCGUUUUCUCCUAGGGAGGUUGAUUAUAUCUUGAUGGCAUGUUUUUAAACAUCCCAAGUAUCUGAGUAAUUAUUAUCUUUCUAACCCAGUUGAGAUAUAUCGUCAUCCUUCCGUUUCUUUGACAGGUGGUCCUACGGCAUCGUCUUGUAUGAAAUCUUCACUGUCGGUACUUAACUUAUUUGUUACUUUAUAUUCAGGAAAUAUACUUGCCGAAAUUGCACGCAUAAUUACUAACUGAUGAUUGAUACCGAGCGGGCAAAAGAGCAUUAUACAAUAGAGAAGUAGAAGCAACACUCAAUGGCGCUGAUAAAUAAAAUUAUGACGAUGCAUAGCAACUUGAAAUAAAGCUUAAGUUUAAGUAGAACUGAAAGUAUUUAGUACAUUAUUGAAAAACCUUAAAUCCAUCGCUACACUUAAAUUUGUUUUUUUUUACAGUACUCUUUCAUCUGAUGUAAAACCGAAAUGUAUUUCAGCAAUUAAUUGUCGUUUUGACAGAAGAAUCAUUUUGAUCGCGUUGAGAGGAAUGAAAGUGAUUACAACAAAAAAAGUGUACUUUUUUGGCCAACAGAAAAAAAACAUUAUUUUUCCACAGGAGGCAUUCCUUACGAUGGAUGGUCUCAAUCCACGACAAUGAAAAAAAUCGAAGAAGGUUAUCGUCUGCCAAAGCCUGAACAUAUCGACGACAGUUUGUAAGUGUUGCUUCCUCUGUGUGGAAUGUUAUAUAAGUCAAAAGCAACAUCAAUUGCUGCUGUGGUCAGGUGUUUUUGAUACACUCGCUCUGAAUAAGUAGCCUUCCUAAGAAAUUAAUUUUAUCUAAUCACUACAAAAAUUAAAAUGAAAAGUUGUUGAGUCAAAUAAAGAAUACGGUGGGUUUUCAUCACAGAAUUCGUUUGAGCUGCAAUGUAAUGAGAUAAACUUAGCAUUUCAGUUAUUUUUGUAACUAGUUGUGGUUUCUCAACUUGUCUACUCGCAAUAUUAAUGCCUCCGCAGAAUUACUGUGAUCAUAUGUCCCUGUGUUUUUCUAUAGAUACGCGGUGAUGUUAAACUGCUGGAAAUACGAAAGCGCCAGCCGGCCACACUUUGUGAAGCUCUACCAAACAAUGGAUACAUAUAUUAAAACAAAGGUUUGCCAUACAGCGUCUAAUUCAGUAUAUACUUCAGAAAUUGAGUCAAUUGCGAAUUUCUUUUCACGUCAAUGUGAUGUCAAAAUGCAUUAACUACCCAGCCGCUAACAAUUUGUGAAUUCAGUUUCAUCAUGAGCCAAUGUUACUUUUAAACAUAUGCAAAUGUGGUUACGUUGUGUCAGUCUGGAUCAUCCUUAUUUUCCCUCUGUUGUCUACAAACAAGAAAGAACGCAACAGAUCUUAAAAUAACACUUUUGGAAAACUUUGACAGAAAGGAAGACCAUACCUGACUUUCAAUUCAUGCAAGUACUAAUGGUUCUUGUCUUUGUGAUUGAUAUCUGAUCUGCUCUUUUUUUUCUUUUUAGUGACUCAUUUUUUGAAAUUUCUUUGUUGAAUUUUUUAAAUUCAUUCGUUCAAGUUUUAUUAACUCCUGCAGUUCUUGAUUACCCUCUAAUCUUUUUCAUAGACAUAUGUAGAUAUCUUUGACGAUGACAAGUAUGAUCAGGAUAAGUACAACUUUGUCGAUGACCGUGGAGCUGUUGCAAACCCAGAAGAUGCAGGACCGGAAGAGCUAGGAGCAGCUGCAGCAAAUCCCAUCGGUGAAGUGGGUGAACACGGUGCUACGGCACAUCCCUCUCUGGUUGCAGUGGACGAUGAUGCUACAGCUUUCCCUCUUGGAAUUAACGCAGGAGACGAAGGAGCACCUGCAACAGAUCCCGACAGUGAAGUGGGUGAAGACGGUGCUACGGCACAUCCCUUUGUGAUUGCAAUAAACGAUGGUGCUCAAGCUUUCCCUGUCGCUAUCAACAUACCAGAGAAAGGGGCAGCUGCAGCAAAUCUCUUCCAUAAAGUGGGUAAGCACGGUGCUGCUGCACAUCCCUUUGUGGUUGCAAUUGACGAUGGUGCUACAGCUUUCCCUUUCGCUAUUAACGUACCAGAGGAAGGAGCAGCUGCAGCAAAUCUCGCCCAUGAAGUGGGUAAGCACGGUGCUACUGCACAUCCCUUUGUGGUUGCAAUUGACGAUGGUGCUACAGCUUUCCCCCUCGCUAUUAACUUACAAGACAAAGGGGCAGCUGCAGGAAAUCUCGCCCGUGAAGUGGGUAAGCACGGUGCUACCGCACAUCCCUCUAUGGUUGGAAUUGACGAUGGUGCUACAGCUUUCCCUCUCGGAAUCAAAGUAGAAGAAGGUUGCGCAGCAUACCCUUUUAAGAGUGAUAAGAAAGAUAUGGAUGCCCAAGCGUACCCUUUGGAGAGUGAUACUUUACCAUACCUUAGCGAGAACGAGGAAGAAGAUGUUGAUGACUCCGAGUGCCCUCUUGCGAUUGAGGAAGAAGAAAUUGAUCCUUUACCAUCCUCCCUGGUGAUGGACGAAGACGGUCUAGCUGCUUCAGCAUGUCCCCUUGUGACUGACGAAGAAAAUUCUGAUUCUCUAGCAUGCCCCCUUGUGGUUGAGGAAGAAGAUUCCAAUAACUCAGCAUGCUCCCCUGUACUUGGGGAAGAAGAUUUGGAAGCCACAGAAUGCCUUUCUGUUACUGAAAAAGAAGAUGCUACCUCUUUCGCACGCUCCGCAAAUGAGGCGAACAAACCCGAUGCCUCACCAUUCCCUUGUGUGAUCGAAGAGGAAAAUCUUGAUUCUUUAGAAUACAAUCCUCUGAUCGAAAAAGAAGGCCUCAGUGAUUUCGUCUUCCCUCCAGAAAAUCAAACUAAUGACGAAGAAGGUGUAACAAGUGAACCUGAAAAUACCGUUGGUUAUGAAGGUGCUGAAGCAGUUCAAUCUGAAAAGGAGGCAGUGGAAGAAGAACCUAAGACUUGCCAGCUAGAGUACACGAAGGAUGAACAAGACGAUCUUGGCAACUAUAUGGACGACCAAAGUGAUGCUGUAGACCUUUUUGACGGAGACGCUGGCGUACAAGAGUAUGAUGGUAAUCAACUUACUGCUGCGGAUAUAGACGAAACUGGAAGUGACGAAGACGAGGAGUCAUCUGAAGCAACUCCUCUUGUGCAGGACUGA